AUGCGAUUAUACGGUGCCGUUUCGCGCGAGAGUUUAGAAGUUGCGCUUUACGGCUUCUCCAGCACAAUCUUCUCCGCGGACCGGAUGAAAGGGUGCGAACCCCCGCCUCCGGUAGGUUCACCUUGUGCCUCACCCGCCUUAAGGCGGAGUCAUCGGCGGAAUAGUCCUUCCGCUCACAGCCAAUCGCUGACCGCUGCUUUAGACGAAGAAGAUCUGAGUGGCAAUAUAUUUGACUUAGGAAUUACGGAGGAAGAUAUUAAGGUCAUGGAGAGGCAUUUCUUGGACGUAUUUACUAGUA